GGGUGUUGUUGAUGUGUUACUGGUCAUGCUGAACAAUAUCAACGAACGUUUCGAAAAGGCAAAUAGCUUAGUGAAAAUCGUACACAUUGACUUCAGUAGCGAGUUUAACACCAUCCAACCCCAGCUACUUGUGGGUAAGCUGGUGAAUUUGGGUGUCAACUCUCUACCGAUCAAGUGGAUUAAUCGUUUAUUUUGUGAACCGUACUCAACAAGCGACGUUUAACUAAGCCAUCUCUACAUCUAGCCCGUCGAGGUGGCAUACUUUCACCGAUACUGCACACAUUGUACACAAACAAUUGUCAAGCCUCUGAUUCAGCCCCCCCAAAAUUCUUUAAAUAUGCAGAUUACGCCGCUGUUGUGGGUUUUCUCCACACAGAGCAAGCCUCUCUUCGAGGUUUUGACAGAGAAACGGUCAACUUCGCCCAG